AUGUUUCGUCCAUUCGAACGUGCGACGUUGCCAUCACUUUUCGACCUGACUUUGACGACCAUCGAGGAUGGCUCAUCUGUCGCUCUGAACUCGAACGAGUCAGCUCAGCCCAGCUCGUCGAUCGCUCCGUGA